AUGAGUGCCCUCCGACUGUCCCGAGCAGCGCUACGCGCCAGGUCUACGAUUGCCCUGAAACCGAUCCAGCGACGAGGGUACGCCGAGGCCGUCUCCGACAAAAUAAAGCUCUCCCUGGCCCUUCCUCACCAGUCCAUCUAUUCUUCACAGGAUGUUGUACAGGUGAACAUUCCCGCCGAGUCCGGAGAAAUGGGUAUCCUUGCGCAGCACGUUCCAUCCAUUGAACAGCUGAAACCGGGCUUGGUCGAAAUCAUCGAGGAGAGUGGUGGAAGCAAACAAUUUUUCCUUUCGGGAGGCUUCGCCGUCGUUCAACCAGACUCUGUGCUGAGCAUAAACGCCGUCGAAGGUUUUCCCCUUGAGGACUUUAGUGAAGAGGCGGUUAAGUCACAGAUAGCGGAGGCUCAAAAGAUUGCUAGUGGGAGUGGAAGCGAGCAAGACAUUGCGGAGGCUAAGAUUGAGCUCGAGGUGAGAAUAUACAAGCUGGGCUACCGAGUGAUGCGCUGA